CAUCUACAUUUGACAGUGUUAUUAAAUUAAAUUAAACGUCAAUAAUAAGUGAUUCCGUUGAUAAAAGCUGAAUCACCCCCGCGCUGCAGUUCCAUUUGUGACCGGGAGGCGGCGCUGUUUGACGGUAGUUGGACUGCCUCUCUGUAUGGGUGAAGGACUAUGUUGUAAAAAUCUUUUAAACAGUUAAUUUUCGGUGACACCGGGCUUCUCCCGGGGCUCAGCUUCGGUGUGUCCGGGGAACGUGACACCGACUCUUCCUGAGGACUGUGUCCGGUCUUGGAGCGGCCGUGUCGGGCAGCUGCUCAGCGGUUUUCUGAUCCCUGACUGGAGGUUUCUUUUUCUUUUCCUUUUUUUUUUUUUUUACUGCAAACCAAGUUAGCUCAACAGCUAAUCCUAAAAGUCGCAUCACCCGUGCGAACUCGAGUUAAAAGUUUCCCGGCAGAGUCGGGACAUGUCGGGUGAGUUUUAACUGGAUGUCCUGACGUAACUUUGUGCGCAGUGUUUUGCGCGGGGUUCGUAUUUUAACUCGCCUUCGCGCAGCCACUAAAUCUGCGUUGGAGAACGGAACGACUGAAGCGCAGCCACGGGUCAUAAAAUGUCACUAAGAUCCGCAGUCACGCGACGAUAAGGUGUCGUUCUCGGCGGGGAGGGGGGGGAAUGCGGUAGAGAGCGGCCAGCUUCGGUGCUCACCCUGCGCUGACUCGGCGAAUCUGGGUUUGCUGCUCGUGAGGCCUGCGGGUCAGGCUUCUACCGGCCUCGAGUAGAACCCGACGCCGCCGUCGCAGGGGGCGAAGGCCGGCUGCUGGCGCUGCCACUGACGGGCCAGCGGGAGCCACGGCAUGGAGCGGAUGGAGGUGGACCAGUGCGCAGGCGCAGGAGGCGGGGCUCUACGCAGGUCGAACAGCGCCCCCAUGAUCACCAGUGUCAGUGAUGGGAUGACCAUUUUCAGCCCCGUGUCUUCAGCUCGAUACAGACGCAGUAGCGUGUCCAUCAACCCCAGCUGUCCGUCUCAGCUCGUCCCGCUCUCUCCCUUCUCUCUGACCGGAGACAGACUGGACCAGAAGAGACAGGAGGAGAACAUGGAGAUGACACUCAGAGGGAGUCUGCAGAGACUCAGUGCUUCCAGUCUAGUUCCAGUUCCUCCCGUCAGUCCGUGGCAUGACCACACGUCAGUGUGGUUUCCAUCGCAGGACGGCGGAGUCACGCCCAACUCAUCCCCGAGUCCCACACGGCGGUUCAGACCUGCAGUCAGCGCCACCGUCAGAUGGCCCGCACUCACGCCGCUGAAGAGGAAAGGUGGCGUCGAGUCUGACGGACCCCCGAAGAAGCUCUUUGUUGCCGGGAUCACAGACCCCGCCCACCGCAGCAGCUACUCUCUCAGCGUCUCACCAUCAACGGCAGACUCUCCACCAGCUGGGGGCGUCAGUCCUCAGUCCAGCCCUCUGUCCCCGCCCCCUUCUUUUAGCCCCCACCAGCACCCGGGACAUUAGACCUCGCCAGCGUCUCUACAGGUCAUCGACGCUCAUUGCACCUUAUUCGUUUUGCCGUAAGCCCCGCCUCUUCCCUGUGACCAUGUGACGGACAGAGGGACCGAUUACUUUCACUUCUUUCCUUUGUCGUCAUGGAAACAGGUCUUCCUCGGAAACCGUCGACUUCAAUCAGCUGUUUGCGCCCCAGUGUCGCUCACCGUGCGUCACGACUGGACAGAGACGAGGAUCGCGGUGUGAAUGCAGGUUCCGGCGGCCCUGCGUCGCCACGGCAACGUGUAAAACCCCUCUGGAGACGUUUGAGACUCCCGGGGACUCGCCGGUUGUGUCGUCGGGGACGAUUUUGCAGAUCCGCUACGAAGAGAAAUGGAACAUGUUUUAUGACCCCAGCGGACGAACCCUCGACGUGGGAAAGUACGCUCCGUGUCGGAACGACGGACUUUUGAAGGAGUGUGACAUGAGUUUGUUGACUGUCACGUGGACGCAGUCGCGCAGCGCAGCUCGCCGUCAUCGUGAAGUUUUGGGUUUUUUUCCCCGGAAGAUGCGAAGAUGUGAAAAUGUCUUGAGUUCUAGUCAAGACGUCGGAGCAGGAUGUGGAAGGCUCUCAGUGAAUCAUCCAUACCAGUUUCCUCGGGAAUGACAUUACAUGACGUCACAUUGCUCUUUUUUAUUGUUUUGUUGUUUUAUGCAACAAAGAAAUUAGAUAAUAAUUAAAAAAAAAAAAAUAGGAUCCACACAAAUGCUGGUUUUUAGCGCAUUCACUCGUGAAGAAAAGUGUUGUACUGGCACAGGCGUUCAUAGGGAGCAGCCAUGUUCGCGUGGGGGCGGAGCCGUCUGAAUGUAACGAUCUUCCCAGGAACGGCGGUGUCGACUCGUGGGUGAUGGCAUUAUUUACCAGGGAAACGAGGGUGACGUUCAUCACGUCAUUUGUGUGAUUUACGUAGGACUCUGCUGGUCUACUGCUGCCUCGUGUGGUCACUUUGUGUCACUGCGGUAAAUCUGAACAAAGGAUUUUAAAUGCUGAAUUAAAAAAAUGAAGACAUUUGAAGUUUGUGAUGGAGGCAGCAGUGGAUCAACAACUCCUGAGUGUGUGUGUGUGUGAUGUUAAAAUCACUGAUUUUCUCUUUGGGCUUUGGUGUGGGAGAGUGAGUGAUUUACAAACAUGUUUUUUUCGGUGACACACCGGCUCCUGGUGAAUGAAGAAGUUGUGUUUUGUUAUUGUGCACGCGCGUGUGACCAACCGACGAUAAUCCCACAGAAUCGGGGUCGUCAAGUUUGCACGAGUGGUGUUCGUCACGAACAAUUACCGUGAUUUAAAAAUAACGUUCAAACUUCUUGUCAGAGCUGAGCUGCAGCUCUGCUCCAGUGUUUGCACACACACACACACACACGCGCACGCACACGCACACACACACACAGUAUUGUACAGUUUUGUAUUAUUACUCAUCGUCGUGCCUAAAACAUGUCGUCAUGUUCUGUGGGGGAGCGUCGGGCGGGUGACGCUGCGUUCGCGCUCGGUCGUUCGUCUUGGUCCUUUAACAGUCACCUGACCUGUCACCUGUCACGUAACCCCUCACCUGCGACAUAAUAUUUGUAUAUAGAGUCUAUAAUGAGCUGCUUUUAUUUUAUUUGCUUUGUCUUCAUCUUCAAAAAAAAGAGUGGUCGUCAGAUUCAGUUUUAAUCAUCAUUUAUCUCAAAUAUCACUUUUUUUGUGAAAUCUAGACGCACCCUAGUGGUAGCUAAGUUAAUUUGCAGCCAUGGUUCCGUCUGGAAACUCCUCAAAAUCCAAACUCUGGUUUGGCCAAUCACAUCGUGUGUAGAGUGGGUGGGCGGGUUUAACAUAAUGACAACAGAGUUGCGACUGUGUAGUCCCGGCUGGUCAGUAUUAGCUCUUCCAGGACUUGUAGGGUUGGAGCAGAAUUCUUUCAAGGACCCGGUUUAUCCCACCCCUCGGAUUGAGCCCUGCCAGUUGUCUGCCCAGACCAAACAUCCUGAUGUAGGUCUGGUUUGCCAGGCGAGUACAAUAUCUGAAAUUCCGAAGGUUUUGCCUUUUUCAAAUGGUGGCUGGGGGGAAAAAAAGGAAUUUGGCAUCACUCUUUCCAGAAAACCCUUCACACUUUUGUCACCUUCUCCGAAAAUAAAUGUAUGCCGCUUUAAGUUGUUGAAGUGAGAAAAUGGUACAAUCCAAACAACACCAAAGUAAAAGUAAAUAACGGUCAGAUGAGACUUUGAAACGUGCUGCCAAUCGUUCUCAGCUGCACCGACACAAACUGUAGCUUUAAGACUGUUUUCUUAUUUUUUACUUUGUCGGUUUGCAUCUUCAUGUCAAAGAUCGUUCCUAAGCCAAGAAAAGAAAUCCUAACCCUUACUAGUGUUAAACAUAGUGGAGAGUUUUUUGCCAAUAGCAGUGGCAGCCGUUUUGGAAUCCUAUGUCAGCGUUUUUUUUGUGGUCAACUUAACUCAGAAAUGCUGACUUCCAACAACAACUGGAACGCCCCACUCAUCCCAAGUUUCUUGGUUUCUUGCCCCAUGGCAAAGAGUGGGCAAUAUAUUUCAGGAAUUGUUGCAUCACAUUGGGUGUGAAUGCGAUUAUUUUGAACGUACAGGAUCCCAUUGUCGCGGAAAGAAAGACGCGUCUUGCGAGAGUGGGCAAAGUUUUGCUCUGGUAGGACGCAGCGAAUUCUCAGCAUCAAAGUUUGAGACGGUCAAUUGUCUUGGAGUAGCACGUUUAUCACAACAUAUUUGUUCUAUAUUCAUUUAUUUAUGUGUUGGAAGUCAACCAGUCAUCAACAUAACUGAAUUUGGAGAUAAAAAGAUGAAUCAUUUCACUUAUUUAUCGCGUAAAAUGUGAAAGCCAAUGCUACUUAUUAUGUUUGCGUUGUGGACUGCUGGUCGGACAAAACCAAACGUAUGAAGAUGCAAACGUUGAAUUAGACCAAAAAUAAAUCCUUCAGAUUAUGGCACUGAGGUCAGGUGUGGUGAAAAUGCAAUAUUGUCUGUUGUACCAGGGCGAACUUGGUGGGAACUUGUCACAGCCCAAGACGAAGAAAAAAGUCCAUUGGGACCACGUCCUGAACUCAACAGGAAGUCAGUCAUUUUGAGUUUGGCGUCCGUCUUGGCAAUUUGCGCGCUUCGUAGUCUUUGUUUUCCGCUUAUCCGGGUCCAGGUCACGGGGGCAGCCACCUCCACAAGGAAGCCCGGGGCGAGGAGGCUGAACCACCUCAACUGGUUCCUCUCGACGUGGAGGAGCAGCGGUUCCUCUCUGUUUGUCAGCCGAUCCGCAUGACGAUCUCCCGCUCCGUCCUUUCCUCAAAUCGUGAACGCAAAAAAACAGCUCUGAUGAUGCAAAGUGGAAUUAAACGGACGCCAAUCUGAAGUAAAACGCUGAAGAAAUAACGACGUUCCACCAGAGUGAACUACGACUGAAAACAAAAAAAAGGGCUGCUGAAGUUUUAAGCGAGACACUAUAAAGGGAACUAAGAUCAGUUAACGCGAGUAUUUUCAAAGUGUAAAUAGUUGUUUUUUUUGUUUUCUUUCAUUUCUUUUUUCCUUUGUGACAAAAUUCUCUACAUAAGACAAACGAGAUGAUGAUGAUGAUGUAUUUUCAUGCAACAGAAGAGUAAAAGUCGAGUUCUA